CAUUAGUGAGGGUUGUUACGGCCCGAGCUCGGGGAGGCAGGACGUUACACCCGGCACUCACCAGCACACCAAGUCAACCAUGGAGCCGCCGCCGCCGCCGCCACGCGCUCCGCCGGCGCUAGCGGACGAGCUCGUGGAGGAGAUCCUCCUCCGCUCCCCGCCGGACGACCCCGCGCGCCUGGUCCGCGCCGCGUUCGUCUGCAAGCGCUGGUGCCGCCUCGUCGCGGGCCCCGCCUUCCGCCGCCGCUUCCGCGGCCUCCACCGCCGCCCCGCCCCGAUGCUGGGCUUCCUCAGCAACGACGUGUCCUGCGCCGGCGCCGACGACGCCUGCUCCGCCCGCUUCGUCCGCACCGCGGCCUCGUGCCCGCCCAUCGCCGCCCGCCGCGGCUGGCACGCGCUCGACGCCCGCGCCGGCCGCGUCCUCCUCCGCCGCGCCGCCUACGCCGCGGCUGCCGAGCAUGCGGCGAUCCGCCUCGCCGUAUGGGACCCGCUCGCCGCCGGCGACCGCGGCCACAUCGACCUGCCCGCCCCCGUGCUGCCGCGGCGCCCGCGGAGCUGGAACGCCUCGCUGCUCUGCGAGGACGACCCGGACGACGGGCCCUUCCGCGUCGUCCUGGUGGGCACGGACGCCGAGGGGACCUUCGCCUGCGUCUACUCGUCGCCGGAGCCCUCCGCGUGGGGCGAGCCGGCCUACGCUCCUCAGCAGCACCCGGGCGGCGGCGGCGACCACGUCGACGCGGUGCGCGGCGCCCUCGUCGGGGAUGCGCUCUACUUCGUCUGCCAGAGGAGGAGCAGGGUGCUCAGGUACGACCUCGGCACGCGCGCCAUGUCCGUAGUGCACCUGCCGGAGGCGUCCCAUAACCAGCGCAUCGCGCUGACCACGACGGAGGACGGCGGCCUGGGGUUCGCGAGGAUGGAGGGCCACAGGCUCUGCCUCUGGUCGUCUAGCGGAGGUGCCACUGCCAUGGAAUGGACACGAGGCAGAGUGAUUGACCUCAGGACGCUGCUCCCCGUCAUCGAUUUGCUCGGAUUUGCCCAUGGCCUGGGCAUCAUCUUGGUGGGGACGGUGGAUGGCUUCUUCUCCGUGGAUCGGAAAUCUGGCCGGAUCAACAAGGUGGGAGACGGCCCUGGAUUCUACAAUGUUGUUCCCUACGUGAGCUUCUACACUCCAGCACUGGGAACGGCAUCUGCAGAUGAGGGAUCAGGUCGACCAAGUCACAAUUUUGCCGCUGGUUGUCACUCCGCUGGCCAUGGCUGUACAUGAAUCUUCUGAGGCGUUGCAGUGUGAAACGAUGAGCAUGUAAUGGCCUCAUAAUCUUGUAAAGGCAAACGGUUGCUGAGUCAUGCUCCACAUUUCUCCAGUGGAGUCUGCGAAUGCUUACCACCAUCUACUCUUCAGCAAAUGCUGUGAAAAACCCACCAUUGCUUUUUUUUCUAAUUAAUUCUACCAAACACCACUUCUGACUAGCGACUGGUUUAUAACUAGUGUACCAACAACCAAGUGGCAAAAAAAAAAACGAGCAUCAUAUCAUAUCAAAACCAUCUUGCAAAAUAUGAGUGACACUUCAUUACUGAUGGCAACAGCCACGGCGCUACCUCACACCAUUCAAGCAGUCGCUCAAGGGCAUAUACAAGGGUAUAAGCUGAAAUGCAUUGAACUUUUCUAUUACAAGCAGUUAGGUGAUACAUAUAUGCUUCCUCUUGCAAGGAAAACAGUAG